AUGAAAUAAAUCGAUAAAUACCAUUAUAAUCCUGAAGACAUCCUUGGAAUGGGUUCUACAGGAAAAGUAAUGAAAUUUAUUCUAAAGAUAGGUUGUUAAAGCUAUUGAUUCUAAGAAUAACAAAUAUGCAUUAAGAAUAAUAAAAAAAAGUAGUAUAACAGACGAUGAAGAUUAAUAAUAAGCAUUGUUAGAUGAAAUCAGAUUAAUGCAAAAAUUAAAUCAUGAAAGAAUAGUUAAAUUAGUUGAAGUGAUAUAAACAGACAAUAAUUACUAUGUAGUGAUGGAACUUUGUGAAUAAGAUUUACAAACUUAUUUGUAAAAAGUUCAUAAAUUACCUGAAUCUGAAUGUCUUAAGUUAUUGGUUGAUAUACUGAAAGGGUUCACUGAGUUGAUAAGUCAUGGGAUAAUUCAUAGAGGAUUAAAAUUGACAAAUAUUUUAUUAACAAAAGAUAAAGAUUUUAAAUUAUCAGGUAAAUAUAAUAAAUGUAUUUGAAGAUUGUGGUUUAACAAAGUGUUUGGAAAUGAAAAAGGAUUAAUCUCGUAAAGAUGAAAUUUUUAAAUUCCAUUCUCCUUAGGUUUUGUCAAAUAGUAAAUAUACAAGCAAAUGUGAUAUAUGGUCAAUAGGGAUGAUAUUAUAUAACGUAUUAUAUGGUUAUACACCUUGGAGUGGUAGUAGGAUAGAAUAAUUAUUAAAUAAUAUUGAGCAUAAAUUUUUAGAUUUCCCUAAAGAAUAAACAUCAGUCAGUGAAAAUAUGAUAUCGUUUAUAGAAGGAUGUUUGCAAACUGAUGAGACAGAUAGAAUGAAUUGGGAUGAUGUAUAUAAGCAUAAAUUGGUUAAAGAUUAUUUUAAGGAUUAUUAAACACAUAUCAAAGAAGAACAUAUUAAAUUCUUGAUGAAUGAAUUGAGAUAGAAAAUAAUAAAACAAAAUUUGAAUAUUUGUUCUUUGUUUGAACAAUUUGAUGAAAAUGAUGAUAAGACAUUACAAUUUUCAGAAUUAAUUUAAUUAUUACAUACAAUAGAUUCAACUCUCAGUCGUUAAGAUUGUUAAGUUAUAUUUAAAAAAUUGGAUUUAGAUGGAGAUUAAUCAGUAUCUUUAGAUGAAUUUGAAAAAUGGAUCACAAAUAAUAAUACAAAGAUGGCAAUAUUAUCUAAAGUUAAGGGUCGUAAGAAUUAGCGAAAUUAAAGUAACAAAUAGAUACCAUCAUUAAAAAAUAUUUAAAAUUAUCCUGGAAAAUAAAAAGAACUGGAUCCUCGUAGUUUUUAAAAUAAUUAAUAUCCAACUUUAAUUUAAUCAUAAUCAACACCUCAAAUUGGUUAUAUGCCAAUUUAAACAUAAAUAUUUGAUCCUGAGAAAGCAAUUACAAGAUUACAAUAAACAAUUAAUAAAUAUAAUAUCAAUGUUCAUGAUUUAUUUUCAAGAUUCGAUUAAGAUUUUGAUGGUCUUCUCAAUUUUUAGGAAUUUGCAUAAUUGUUUAUGUAAUUAAAAUAUAAAAAAUAAUUUUAGAAAGGUUUAAAGAAAUGCAUAGCUUCAGGAAUUAUAAACAAUUUUUAAGAUAUUUGACCUAAAUGAUGAUAAUUUUAUCUCAUUUAUAGAAUUUAGAUAAAUAUUAAAUUUAUAUUAGGAGAAGAUUUAAAAAUUAGAAAAUAGAUUUGUGAAUAGUGUGUUUCCUCAAACUCAAUAAUAUAUUUAAUAAAAUUAAUAUUAAUAAAUGAACACAAUGCCUUAUCAAUAAUAAUAAACAAGAAACUAAAUAUAUCCAGAUAUGCUAUGA